AUGAUUCUCCUUUCAGCGAGGCGAGUAACAGGCCGGGUCUGGACCUCGGCCGACUGUUACAGCUUCGCUCUCCUUCGUCGAGCGCGAUGCUACAGUACCGAGUCUGUGCCGCCUGGUCAGUCGGCAGUUAGACGACAACCACAGUUUCGUGAUUACUUUGUCACCCAUCUGCCGUCGUCUUCGCUUCAUCCGGACCCCCGUGGUCCGGCCUCACCAUUCCACAAACUUCCUCGCUCCGCCUCUAUACCUCACACCGGAGACACACCACGAUCGCCAGCUGCCUUCCAAGCUUUAAUAGACCGGGAGACAACAGUCGUCCGCAUUCCACUCCGCAACGCGAAGCACCAUUUCGGCGCCGUCACCUCCCGCGGAACCCGCCCUUCGAAUGAAGACACGUACCAAGCGGGAGUCAUUGACAUCCCCGCCUUUGCGAAGCGACCUCCAACUUCGCUAUCGAUUAGGCGACCUAACAAAAAUGAUCCUCUGGCCGAACCCCGGGAGUCGCGCGGUGCGGAAACCGCUAGCGGAGAUCCACAAGUCUUCUACUUCGGUAUCUUUGAUGGCCAUGGCGGAUCCGAAUGCAGUUCGUUCUUGAGGGAUUACCUUCACGAGUAUAUCCAGAACGCGGCAUUUGAUAUCGACCUUCGGUCCAGUCUACGACCUGGUGCCGAAGUGCCACCCACCACUAGCGAACUACCUGUGAUGCAAGAGGGUGACCGUCGCCGAAUCGGAGCCCUAGAGAAACACCUUGUGCAGACCUGGAGACGGGUAGUUGGUGGCUACUUCAAGAGGUUCCAGCCGCCGCAUUUCGCCUACAAUGGCACCGAGUCCGACGACCCGAUUAUUAAGAACCACAUCUCCAUCGAGGAAGUUGUGGAGUACGCCUUCCUGCGAGCGGAUCUAGACUUUGUCAACGCUCAAGCAGCUAAGCGAGAAGACGAUCCCGUUCGAGCCGAGCGACCUCUGAACGAAGAUGAGAUCUUCCACAGGCCCAGCAUGACCCGAUCUCCGCAGAUCGGCGGAAGCGCUCGGUUCAAGGGUGGCAGCACCGGAAGCAUCGCCAUGAUCUCGACCCCGACCCCAACCCCGUUCUGGCACCCCAUCGCCCCAUCAAGCCUUCUAGUUGCUCAUGUUGGCGACACCCGUAUACUCCUCUGCUCAACAGAAACCGGUAUAGCCAUCCCCGUUACAUCAAACCACCACCCCUCCUCCCCAGUCGAGGCAACCCGACUCAGACGGUAUGCCACAAGCUUUGUAACGGACUCUUUCGGCGAAGAACGCAUGAGCGGGCUAGCCAACACGCGCGCUUUCGGCGAUGUCCACUCCAAGCGCAUCGGAGUCUCUGCCGAGCCUGAACUCACGCGCAUAGAGCUUGGCCCGGCCGAGUUCUCGUUCUUGGUUUUGGUAUCCGAUGGCAUCAGCGGGACACUGCUUGACCAGGAGAUCGUUGAUAUCGUCAAGGAAUCCAACACGCCGGAGCAGGGCGCGCGCGAUGUGGUCAAUUUUUCGACCGAGGUCUCCAAGGAAGGUGACAAUGCUACUUGUCUUGUUGUUCGCCUUGGUGGCUGGGAGCGUCGUCUCGAGGGCGGCGUUGGCAGCAUGGGUACUAAGGAGUCUCGCGAGUGGCGCGAACAGGAUGCCACUGAUCCGCGCAGGUCACGGACGUGA